AUGACAGUUACGUGCCAUUUCAUUGAUGGAUCGUGGCAGCUUGAAAAUUGUGUUUUAGAAACAUCGCACCUAAGGGUUGCUCACACAGCAGAAAACAUUGCUGCAGAACUGAAACGAAUAGCUCAAGAAUGGAACAUAUCUGAGAAAGUUGUCGCAUUGGUAACUGACAAUGCAGCAAAUGCUGUGGCUGCUGCCAGACUUACAGGAUGGAAGCACAUUCCAUGUUUCGCGCAUACUCUCAAUUUGAUUGUGAAGGGAGCUCUUGAAGCUGAUCCAGGUAUGGUUGCUCUAAAGAAAAAGUGCAAAGAUAUUGUAACUUUUUUUCCAUCAUAGCUGCAAGGCAUCUGACAAACUGAGAGAAAUUCAGAGGCAGCUUGGAUUAACUGAUAAAAAGUUGAUCCAAGACGUUGACACAAGAUGGAAUUCAACAUUCUAUAUGUUUGAAAGAAUAGUCGAGCAGCAUGAUCCAGUAACCACCACCCUUUGUCUUCAAAGCAAAGGUGAGAUGUGUCUUUCCAAUGAAGAUAUUGAGCUUAUCAAAAAGGUUUUGGAUCUCUUACGGCCAUUCGAAGUUGCAACAGUAGAAAUGAGUGCUGAGAAGUUUGUCUCUGUCUCGAAGAUCAUACCUAUAGCAAGAUCCCUACAACUGGUUACUGUGGGAAGUAGCACCACAGCCACCACACUUCCAUUAAAGCAAGAGUUGGUUGCUCAAAUUCAGCAUCGUUUUGCAAAUAUUGAAGCAAAUCAAACACUUGCAAAGUCAACCCUUCUUGAUCCUCGUCUUAAGAAAUUGGCAUUUCGGAACAAUGGACAAAGACAAGGAUUACAGUCACUCGUUAAUGAGUUGACAUCAUUACCAAACAAUGUGCAGGAAGAAAGUGUUGUUACAGUUGCACCAACCACGGCAAACAGUGACAGUGAUGUAUUAUGGAAAGAGUUUGAUUCUAAAGUGGCAGAUUCAGUGAAUCAUUUGAAUACAAGGGAUCGUAGUGCUGAUGCUAUGCCAGAAACUGGGCUAUACUUUGGGGAAAAGUUGAUACCUAGAGACAGUGAACCACUCAAGUGGUGGCAUGAACACGGAAAGAACUAUCCCAAGAUGAGCAAACUAGCUCGGAAAUAUCUGUGUGCAACUGCUACUUCGGUUCCCUCGGAGCAUCUGUUCUAA